GGAGUUGGCUGGGUGUGGGGGAGGUUGAGGAGGGGGCGAUAAAAUGGCGCAGGGGGCGGAGUGAGGCACCGUCGUUUGCACAGGCUGUGGCCCGUCUUCCGGAGGUACAUUAGCAGAGAGCUGGAUCUGAAGUGGAACAGCCAGGACUUCAACUGGCACUCUUAUGGGAUGCAGCAGUCACAGAAAUGAGACUUUACAGAUAGAGGUGAAGCUACUCAUGGCCACUUGCCAUCCGCCACCACAGGAAGGUGGGAGUCAAUCAUUUUGACAAGUCUCCUGAAAAGAACAGCUAGCAAAAGCUCAAACCUUUUCCAUUUGGUCUCGUGGCAAAGGCAAAGAUCUCUCCAGCAGCUCCACACAAUAUGGCGUGCUCACUAAUGCCCUCUGAACAGUCUUCCGGGACCUCUUUCUUGCAUAAAGAUAAUGCCUCAUUUUCUUGGAGUUCCUUGGAUGAAGAAGAAUUAGAUGAUUCCUUGCUGGAGCUGUCUGAUGGAGAAGAAGAUGAUGGCCAUUUCAGCUACACAGAGGAGGAGAUCCAGGAGCUUUUGAAAGAUGAUGACCCAUCAGAUGUGUGUGGAGAAGGGUUGUAUAAAGAUGAUGGUGGACAUGUUGAGAACGGAGGGAAAGGGAGUCAAAUUCUACCUGAUACUCCGCAAGAGAAAAAUUCAAAUUCAUUGUGCAGCUUGGGAUCAGUAACUGAGACCCCUGGCCUCUUUAAACUACCUCAACUAAAUACAUCAGUUGGUCAUGGGCCAACUCCUGCUAAACCUUUAAACAGACGUUUUGCACUAGAAAAGAAUCUCAUAAAAGUAACUAUUGUUGCACCAUUUAAUCCAGCUGCGUGUGAUACUGUGUGUGAAAAGAAAAAAGUUAAUUUAUCCAAAGAUACCGAAAAGCCCCCCUCCAUUGGGGAAGAAAUGAGAGAUGGUCUUACCCCAAAUGAGGGCGAAGCUUGCACUGAAUCUGAAGGGAUCAGCCCCAGUAAUUCUUCCUGGGAACAGCUUCUGCUGUCUUCCAACAGUAACGUUCAACAAACUGUCUCUGGUAAAAAUCUGCCUGAUUGUAAGAAACCCAUACCUGUAUUCUCUCAGCUCUCAGACCACCCGGAGACUCCUAACAUGGAGUCAUCCUGGAGAAAUGGUGGAUCACAUAAAUCAAGUUGUGAAGUGAAGUUUUCAGUUUCCAGUUCACCAAACAAAGAUGUUUUUGACAAGGAUUCUGGCAAGAUGAAAGUCCAUGAGAAAAGACUAGGCAAAGUCAUUCCUGUUCUACAAACCAAAACCAGGACUAAUGUUUCGACGUUUUCACAAUCAGAUCUAGAACAGCAGAAGCAAAUUUAUCUCAGGAGGGUCAUUGCUCAUAUACAAGAUCCAGUGGACUCUAACCAAGGUGCCUUGGGAGAGCUAUAUGCCUUGAUGGAUCAAGUUCAUCAUAUGCAGAACCCAAAGCGGCAGCAUCCUUCAGAUCUCACCAUGCGAAACUAUGCCCGGUACCGACAGAAUCCUCCACAAAGAUACAGUCUGACUCAGUGGGUUGACUGGAAUAAGCGAAGCUACCAUCGGUUCCAGCAUCUCCCAGACUUCUCGUACAGUCCGUUUGUCUCAUCCCAUCAGCAGUGAAGGUCCCUAGCCAGGGCCCUGUCCAGAGGAGCAUCUCAUUUUCUUCUGCUGUUUUGUGCUUUGUAGAUUUUGAGUUUUUUCACUAGAUUUUUAUUUAAAGAACUUGUCACCUUUUGGAAAUGCCUGUUGCUGACUUGAAAUUUUUUGUAUGAAGUCCCUCCUAAUUUUGUUUCUAUCUGUGUAUGUUAAGCAGUGUUAAAUUGAUAUCUUUUAUUUUUAUUUUUUAAGUUGAGAGUGGCUGCCCCCUGAAAGCCAGCAUUAAGCCAGAAUACCCAGGCUCACGCAGACAGAAGUGACGUCUCCUUCCAGUGCCCAGAAGAAGUCAUCUUUUAACCUGCUGUGAGGAAGAGCUUCGACCAGGCUGGGAGCAACUGCUGCGUCACUUUUAACAACCCCUGUUAUUUUCUGUUUGAAGUUCUGAAUACUUGUCAGUAUUUUAAAGUUGGCAAUCCAGGACAUUUGAAGUAGGAGAAAAUUCUGUUGAAAGGAUGAAUUAAAAGUGUAAAUCCUCUCCUUUCUGUACCUAGUAGCUGCCUUUAUUAUUAUUUGGCUUUUCUCAGUCAUUGUUAAACUUUGUACAGUAGCGUUUACAAAUCGUACCUGUCCUAGCUCUGCCAGAAGACGGCUGACCUCUGCUGAACACCCUGUGCUCUUGUGACAGACUGUCUCCUCUGCCCUUCAAGAAUCUUCCUUUUCUUAACCCCCAGCGACCACUCUGCUUCCUAGGGUCCUACCAUCAGUAUUCCUGUAUCCAGUGUUAGACGUGACUCCCUGCCCUCUCUGUGGAAGAGCUGCCCACCCAGAGUCUUGGUUCUGUGACAGACCAGUGCUGUUGAGGUCUCAGUUGCUCUUCAGCUUCAUCUGCUGAACCCCAACUGUAUGUGUGAGUUGAUGCUUGAAGUAAGAAGUGUGCAGUUUGCCCAGGGAGCCUCCAUCCUGUGGGCGAGGCCCCCUUCGUUGCCACGAUUAGUUAACGAGAGGUGCCUUCAGACCUGGAUGUACCAUCUUCCCACCUGAUGGAGCCCCUGAUGCAUGGUUUCACAGAACUGCUCGAGAGGGUCUCGUCUAAUUGUGAUUUAGCCUUUGUACAUAAGCAUUACUUGAUCUCACUGUUUGGUGUCCUAACCAAAGUUGACAGACUUUGUGUAUCUGUUUUAAUGGAUGUCUUGGGAGUGUGUUGUUCUGUUUUUGCAGACAGCUCUAGAUGUCAUUUUGGAAGGUUUUACAGUCUGGCGUUCAUGCUGCUAUUGUUCACUGCCUGGGAAAGUUGCUGAUCGUUGCUGUAGUCUGUCUGGUUUUGUUGAUUGAUCAGUCCUGUCUUUGUAUGUGAGUAACUCACCUUAAACACCUUACCCUAUUUUAGAAACUGACUUGGGAAGAGCUUGAUCAGUCAAGUUACCUAUAAAUUUAGAUAGCUGUCCCUAGGUGUUUACUGUUUUUAUCCAGUCUCUUUUCCUUGGAUAUUUGGUUUAGAUUGUGGGGCCAAAUGGAAAGGCAGAGUUCUACUCAAAUGUGACAGUCACAGCCUGAUGGUUCAGCUGACAUCGUGGGCCUUUCCUUCGUUGGUCACUUCUCCAAGCUGCUCUAAAUUACCCUGAUGGAGCGAGACCUGCCAAACGCCUCACCUUUGGGACCAUAGAAAUUAAAAUGGAGUGUAGCUAGAGUAGCCAGCAUUGCAGCUGUCUGGUUCUCUACAGAAAACCCAAGGAGUGUGUAGGGACAGUAUUUUGCUCAUGUGGAGAUCUAGGCCUCAUGUUCCUGCCCCCCUGGUACAGAGUUUGAAUGUGUAAUGGGAGCAUUGCCUUUGCCAAAUCAAGUGAGUGACAGGUUAACUAGAAAAUGUGACAAUCACAAUUCCUCUUAGUUCAGAUAAUUCUGUUUUUCCAAAGCUUUCACAGCGUGAUUAAAUUUGUUGGGCUGAGGGGUGGGGUGGGGGAGAGCUGUUCUCUAGUGGCUAACACACCAUUCUUUAGAAGAAGAAAAGAAACCAAAGAAAACUCAUUACCUGGCAUGUUUGCCUUAAAAACGGUAGUGAACAGACUGGAGUUUGAAUCUUCACAGCUACGGAUUUCGUACUUGUUGCCCUCUCAGUGCAGCAUUUCAGGUGGAAUUCUUGCUGUGUUUUCAAAUUUGAGGCGAGUUCUGUGCAUUUAGCUGCCUCCCUAGCUUUGUUCAUCCGUGGUGUUCUCACCACAGGGGUCUUGACACAGCAGAGUACAGACGUGCUGUUCAGUUGACUGGGAAGUCAGGAGCCUGAAAUACCCUGUGUCGUUGCAUCGACUGCAGGUCCUGAUGCACUCGCAUUGUUGUCAGGAUCAGUUAUGAAACAAGUUCGGAGCCUCCUCUUCAUCAUGUUUCUUCUCUUGUAGCAGUUGUGUUUAAUGUCAUUAAAACGAAAUAAAAGUUCUUGU